GCUGCGGGGGAGGGGAGCGCUGAUGCAAGAGGCGAGCGCGGCCGCGGGUACCGCCUGACCGCGUCCCUCAGUGCCCGCCGCUCCGCCCGCCUCCCGCACCGCUCCGCACCCGGCCGCAGACAUGUCGGGCGACGAGAUGAUUUUCGAUCCUACUAUGAGCAAGAAAAAGAAGAAGAAGAAGAAGCCCUUUAUGCUGGAUGAGGAAGGGGGGGACACACAAGCAGAAGAGACUCAGCAGUCAGAAACAAAAGAAGUUGAACCAGAGCCAACAGAAGACAAAGAUGUUGAAGCAGAUGAAGAAGACAGCAGGAAGAAGGAUGCAACAGAUGACCUGGAUGACUUAAACUUCUUCAAUCAAAAGAAAAAGAAGAAGAAAACAAAAAAGAUAUUUGAUAUAGAUGAAGCAGAAGAAGGUGUAAAGGACUUGAAAAUUGAAGGAGAUGUGCCAGAGGUAGUAGAACCUGAAGAUGACCUUGAUAUCAUGCUGGGCAAUAAAAAGAAGAAAAAGAAGACAUUCAAGUCUCCAGAUGAAGAUGAGAUAAUGGAGAAGGAUGAAGCUUUUGAGGAUGAAGAUAGCAAAAAAGAUGAUGGAAUUUCUUUUAGCCUUCAGUCAGGACCUGCGUGGGCGGGCUCAGAAAGGGACUACACAUAUGAUGAGUUGCUCAACAGAGUAUUUAACAUCAUGAGGGAAAAGAACCCUGACAUGGUAGCUGGAGAAAAACGAAAAUUUGUCAUGAAGCCUCCACAAGUUGUACGAGUAGGGACCAAGAAAACAUCUUUUGUCAACUUUACAGAUAUCUGCAAAUCAUUACAUCGUCAGCCAAAACAUCUCCUGGCGUUUUUGUUGGCAGAGUUGGGUACAAGUGGCUCAAUAGAUGGUAACAACCAGCUUGUAAUCAAAGGAAGAUUCCAACAAAAACAGAUAGAAAAUGUCUUGAGAAGAUAUAUCAAGGAGUAUGUCACCUGUCACACGUGUCGCUCACGGGACACAAUCCUACAGAAGGACACCAGGUUGUAUUUCUUGCAGUGUGAGACCUGCCACUCACGCUGCUCCGUCGCCAGCAUCAAAACUGGGUUCCAGGCUGUCACAGGCAAGAGAGCACAGCUCCGUGCCAAAGCUAACUAGUUUGCUAACCAACACUGGAGUCUGCAAAGUGUUCUGGGGAGAUCUGACUGCACAGGUUUACCAUCGGAUUGGAUUUGCCAUUGUAUUAAAACAAGAGUGUAAAAACCACGAGAAAUUUGGCUUUUGAUUGGUUGGUCUGUGAAAUCCUUGCAAGAUGCAGAUCCUGAAGCUGUUCACAUACAUUUGCUCAUUGAAUAUAUUUUACCAACUGUAAGGAACGUGAUGGGGAAGGAGGUGCUUUUUAAUCCCUUCAGACUUCUGUAAAACAUGAGAUAAAUUAAAGAUACUAUAACAGUGA